AUGGCCGGGCUGUCCCACAGGAUCAUCAAGGAAACUCAAUGUUUGCUGGCAGAACCAGUUCCUGCUGUUGAAGGGGAACCAGAUGAGAGCAACGCUUGGUAUUUUCAUAUGGUCAUUGCUGGCCCCCAGGGUUCCCCCUUUGAGAGAGGGACUUUUAAACUUGAACUAGUUCUUCCAGAAGAAUACCCAAUGGCAGCACCUGAAGUACGUUUCAUGACCAAAAUUUAUCAUCCUAAUGUAGACAAGUUGGGAAGAUGUUUAGAUAUUUUGAAAGAUAAAUGGUCCCCAGCACUGCAGAUCUGCACAGUUUUGGUCCCGAUCCAGGCUUUGUUAAGUGCCCCUAAUCCAGAUGACCCAUUAGCAAACAAUGUAGCGGAGCAGUGGAAGACCAAUGAGGCCCAAGCCACAGUAACAGCUAGAGCAUGGACUAGGCUAUGAGCCAUGAAUAAUAUUUAAGUCGAUCCGAUCAUCAAGUUUGUGUCACUUCUCCUGUUCUGCCAAGACUUCUUUUUGUUUGCAUUUAAUGGACACGGUCUUAGAAACAUUACAGAAUAAAAGCCCAGACAUUUUCAGUC